AAGAAAAAUGAAAGUUCACACAGUGACUGCUGUGAUGGGGAUCCAACCUGCCGCCUUGCUGGUCAUCAGUUCAAUUAUUUGACCAGCAGAGAAGAUCCCCUAACCCCUCUCCCCGCAGCUGAUCUGCAGGGAUCCCUUGAGGAGAGGUGUGUGUAUACAAGCCUGCCUGCAUGAGAGAGCCUGGGGGAGGCACACCUGCCACGGCCAGCGGCCCCUGGAUGGUUGGCCGAAGGUGCAUGUGGUCCUGGAGCCCAAAAAUGUCAACCCCCCCUCCCCUGCAAUGAGAUGAAAGUCCCAUUGAACAAAGGCAGACUUACUUCAGAGUAAAUGCACGGGAGGAUCAACCCGCUUGCCUCACUUUCCUGAGAGUACUGAUGCGCAGGAGCCCUCCAAACUGCCAACAUCCAUUGCAGGAUUCCUACCCAACUGAGGGAAUGAAAUAACUGGUAGCCGUACACAUUAUUCCUUCGACGCACAUUCUUUGCCCUCGAAGAAUUCUGGGCGCUGCAGUUCCCCCCUGGACUCAGAGAGUUACAACCCCCAGCAACCAGUAGCAAAUGACAGCGCUCAGAAUUCUUCGAGGGAAAAGAAUGUGCCUCGACUUUUGCUUUAAACGUAUAGCAUCCGUGUAGUCUUACAAAAGUGUCACAGUGCUCAAGCGUGGUGAAACGCAGCGGGAGAAUUAGGAUUUCCUGUUAAAUGAGCAAAAGAAGGCAAACCCGGGUUUGUUGCCGGCCGUGGGAUUUGCUGUCGAGCAAAGGCCCAGAUGGCCAAAUUCCAAGGCACCGACCCCGCCGCCACGAGAACAGGGCCGCCGCGCCCCUCGGGCAGUGCGCAAAGCCGUCCGCCUUGCGCGCCGUCGGGCCGCCUUCCCUUGUGUCCCUUGGGCGCCUCCCGGCUGCGUUCCUUCUGCCGAGGCGGGGAAAGACCUGGCAUUCGGGCACCUCCCCGCGGAUGACACCUCCCGGCUCCUGCCCUGGGCCAGGCCCCUCCCUCGGCCACCCCUCUCGGCAAAGCCCCGUCGGUCUGCGGCGCCCCCGGCAUUCUCAAGAGAGGCUGCUCGGGCAAGCUGCGUCUCCGCCCGUCCCUUUAAGGCACAGCAGCUACAAGGGAGUGCCGGCUGCCCAGGUGCGCAGCGAGCGGCAGGAGGAGGAGGCACAAAAGCGCAUCAUCCCCGCCGGGAGUCACUCUCUGCUUCGGGGGGGGGCUGGGAGGGAAAAGGCGCUUGCAUCUCUCCGCGGGAGGGAGCAUUAAGUGAUACCCGAAAGCGCACCCCGUCGGCUGCUCAGGAGGACACUAGCUGAGCACCAGCUCCGGGGCAGCCCAGUCUUCGGCGCGGCUGUCUCCUCUCCGGCGCCCAAAUCCUACUCUGCCCGAACUUGGGUGGCUCUCUGGGCGGUGGGGCCUCGAUCCCAGUCUCCCGACUGCCGGCGCCGCGUUGUUUCAAGGCAGCGCCGCUCGGUUCCAACCGCACGUCCAAGGCAAGCUCUGAUCACCGACGCCACCCGCGGUAACAGCGGCCCGCUCCGUUCCAAGGGCGCCAGACGCCGCCGGUCCAACCUACCCUAAGUCACCUCUCCAAGGAUCGCUCUCUAGCCUUGCCCGCGAGUUUCCCGGCCUCGGCACCUGAGCCCUUCGGACUCCGAAGCCGCCUGGACCUCUGAUCGCCCGCAGCCACCGAGGGAGCCUUGGAGACCCUCCGUCGGAAGGCAGCCGCGAGCAGCGAGGCUGGCGCGUCCGCAUCGCCAAGGCUGCCCGUCGCUUCCUUGGGACCUGCUGCCCCGCCGUCGGUGGCAGGGCCAGAGCCUGGGAUGACAGCCGAGAGCCCCCAGCCGUCGACGUGCGCCGCGGGCCAGGCCGACUCCGAAGGCGGCUCGGCGUCCAGGCUCGCCGCUCUCGUUAAGGUGGAGCCGUCGGCGCACGGGGAGGCUUUGGAGCCGGAGCCGUCGGAAGAAGAAGCGGCGGCGGCGGCGGCGGCAGGGGGAGGAGGCCCGCGUCCCGGCGGCCGUCGCAGGAAGCGCCCGGUGCAGCGUGGCAAGCCCCCGUACAGCUACAUCGCGCUCAUCGCCAUGGCCAUCGCGCACGCCCCGGAGAGGCGCCUGACGCUGGGCGGCAUCUACCGCUUCAUCACCGAGCGCUUCCCCUUCUACCGCGACGGGCCGCGCAAGUGGCAGAACAGCAUCCGCCACAACCUGACGCUCAACGACUGCUUCGUCAAGGUGCCCCGCGAGCCCGGGCGGCCGGGCAAAGGCAGCUACUGGGCGCUCGACCCGCACGCCCGGGACAUGUUCGAGAGCGGCAGCUUCUUGCGGCGCAGGAAGCGCUUCAAGCGCAGCGACUUGUCCACCUACCCGGCCUACAUACACGAGGCGCAGGCCCAGCCCGUCGGGCCGGCCCUCAACGCGCCCUACGCGGCCCCCGCCGCCCUCUGCUACCCGUCGCAGCCGCCCCUCUUCAGCCUGGGCCCGCUCAUGGCGCAGCCCAGCCCGGAGCUGGCCCACCAGCAGCACAGCCCCGACGUCACCCCUUCCCCUGCCAACGCCUGCUCCUUCGCGGGCACCGCCGCCUACCCCAGCCAGGGCUGCGCGGCGGGGCCUGGCCUGCACAGGCCCCACAACGCCAUGCCUUACUCCUACCCGCUCCCCAGCACCCAGCAGCUGCAGGUGAACCAAGGCACCUACUCCCAGAGUGGUGGCAGUGGUGGCGGCCACCUGUUUGGGGCCUCUGCCCGCCUAGGGAUGCCCACCUCGCCCACCCUGGGGAACGACGCUAUGGAUUUCUAUGGCAGGAUGUCUCCCAGCUCCUACGGUUCUUUGGCUCACGGCUACAACGCCGGCGGGCAGCUUGGUAGUCCGGGGGCCUACCUGCGCCAUGCGGCCUAUUCCAGCAACAUGGAGAGGUUUGUUUCUGCCAUCUGAAUCCGAGAAGGGACUUGGUUUGGC